CCAUGCUGCUGUACUGCAUCGCCAGCUCGCCGCUGCUCAAGGCCUUGGACACCAGGCUCGUCGGGGUCCGCGUCGAGGGCACGGACGGCAGGCUUGCGGGGUCCGCGUACGUCGACGACACUGUGGUGGUGCUGCAGGACGUCGCGGAGGUGGCCGUGCUCGUGGACACCCUGGAGGAGUUCGGCGCCGAGUCGGGAUUACGUGUCAACGAUGCCAAGUCCAUGGCCCUCCCCGUCGGACGCUGGCCGCGCCGCGCGCCGCUGCCGUACCCCGUCGCCAAGGAGAUCAAGCUGCUCGGAGUCCACUUCACUGCGAAGACGAGCGGACUCGCCACUGCCAACUGGCCGGGCCGCGUCGGGGUGCUCCGCGCCCUGCUCGUGGACGCCAGGCUGCGCGCCUUCAACCUGGUGCAGCGGGUGCAGUACUGAAACACCUACGUACUGCCCCUGCUCUGGCACCUCGCCGCCGUCGCGCCGCUCCCCCCCAAAGUAUUGCGGCAUGGUCCGGAAAGCUCGGGGGAAGUUUCUCUGGGCCACCAAGCCCGUCCGCGUCCCUUCGACGUGAUGGUGCAGCCCGGGGAGCGCGGCGGCCUCGGACUGCAGGACCCUGCGCGCAAGGCCCGCGCCAUGCUGGCGGCACGCUGGGAGAGCUCGGCGCGCGCGGACUUCAAGACCGUCUCGGGUGCUGGCUGCGCUUCCUGCAGCAGCGCUACGCGGACGCGCCGUCGGUGCCGGCCUGCGUCAAGCACUUCAGCGUGUCCUGCAGGAGCCCCGCUUUCGCCGCCGUCCCGGGCCUGGUCGGCAAGGACCUCACCAAGGCCCUCUACACCGCCCCCCUCGCCGCCGACGUGCCCGUGCCAGGGCCAUGCGCGGCGUUCCCGACGACGUGCAGCAGCGAGUUUGGCGGUGCGUCCACCACAAGGGCCUGCCAGUGGACGUCCGGUCGACAUGGUUUGAGGCAGUCCAGGACGUGCUGCCCACGGCGCUGCG